GCGUCACAUGCCAGCUCCCGACUGCACGUGCGGGGCGCACCGCAUUGCCUGCGAAAGAGGAGGCGCCGGAUAGUGCGCAUGUUCGAGAGUAAACACUGCGCACGUGGUAAACCCGGAGUCGUCAUUUCAGCACUAGACAGCUCUCUCCGCGUGCGCUUCUGUGGCAUGUGCGCGCCGGUAAAGCGACCAUCCGUCACAGCUGGUGGAGGGGGGGGGGCAAGCAGAGAGCAAUGCACGGCAGACUCUCCACAGCAUCCUCCGCACGACUGCUGCUGACGCCGAGCCUCGAGAGAUGAGCAUACCGGAGUUCCUACUGGAACUGUCCAUCGUGGUCAUAGCUGUUGUCUCGUUGCUGACGAACAUGUCGGUGCUGCUGUGUUUCACCCAGAGCGCCGAGCUAAGAUCCCACGUGCCAGGCAUCUUCAUCCUAAACCUCUCCUUCUCCAACAUCCUCCUCACUGUCAUCAACAUGCCCGCCACUUUUCUCGGAGUGGCCAAAGGGGCAAAGCCCCUCGGCGACUUGCUCUGCCAAGCUGUGAGUUUCGCUGAGACUUUUCUCACCGCCAACGCGAUGCUGAGCAUGGCCGCGCUGAGCAUGGACAGGUGGGUCGCCGUGGUGUUUCCCCUCAGGUACUCCAGCAAGAUGCGCUACAGGGACGCGUGUCUGAUCGUGGCGUACUCGUGGCUGCACUCGCUCUCCUUCUCUCUGACCCAGCUGCUCAUGGCCUGGGGAGGUUACAGCCACACGUACGCCUCGUGCACAGUCCACCUGGACGGGGGGAAGAGGUCGCAGCUGGCCGCCUAUGCGAGCUUCACGGCGCUGUUCCACUGCGGCAGCUUCGCGCUCUGCCUCCUGGUGCUGUGCUUCGCCUACCUGAAGGUCCUGAGGGUGGCCAGGUCCCACUGCAAGAUGAUAGACGUCAUUACAGUGCACACUCUGAUUCUGUUGGUUGAUAUUCACCCCAGUGUGAAGGAGAGGUGUCUAGCUGAGCAGAAGAAGAGGAGGCAGCGCGCCGCUAAAAAGAUUAGCAUCUUCAUCGGCACCUUCGUCCUCUGCUUUUCCCCCUACGUUAUUACAAGGUUGGUAGAGUUGUUGCCCUCUGUGCACAUCCCCCGGUACUGGGGCAUGACAGCCAAAUGUCUGUCCUACGCCAAGACAUCCAGCGACCCGUUUGUGUACUGUCUGCUGCGGCAGCAGUACAGGAAGGUCCUAGUUAGUAUCAUCAGCCGGGUCCUGAGACAGAAUCCCUAUGCGCUGUCUAUCCACAGUGCCAGCAGCACGCUGGACACCACAGACGACAACUGCAUUGCCAGAAUCACCUGAGCUCGAGGUGCAAACAUUUAAAUGAUUCAACAUCUGCAUCCUUCUCGCAGGAAGGUCAGAGGUCAGGGUUUCUGAAGAAGCAGCAGCCCUGCAGAUGGAACCGGAACGGAGUCAGUGCCUUGCUCAAGGACACUUUAACACAGAGGUGGACCACAGUGUUGUCCACUGCGAGAACUGUUACGGACACGAAACAAAUGCGUGCUCAAUAAGACGCACUCUGAUGUGUGCCAAAGGCUUCCUCAGCCUCCACAGACUGCUGUUUCCACAGUGCUUGUCAGUUUGCCUGCUGAGGCAUUGCCAAAAACACACCACAUGAAACCUACGACAUUAUAUUAUUUCAUUUAUUAUGUUUAAUACUUUCAUCAAUGUACAUGUAUGGUUUGAAGAAACCUGGAUUUGUUCGAAAGUGGUCUUCAUGUUUCAGUGAAAGAACUGGAAAUAUGUUCAUUCUGAUUACUGUUUUGAAGCUAAUAUUAAAGUUUAUAAGUGUUAAUUAGUGAUAUUUCUAACAUGUCGAGUGCACAAAUGUGUGGAGAUGUUAUAUCAGCGCAAAAACACAGAUGAAAAAUAAACUCCGCUGCCACAGACA